CGGGCGGCAACGGACACGGCCCGUACCCGGACCCCACCGGUACCGGGCACGGAGCGGAGCCGGCCCCGCCGCCGGCCAUGGCCCGGGACCCGGCCUUCGUGCUGCGGUACCUGACCGAGGUGGAGGAGCUGGCGGAGGACGUGCUGGCGGCGCGGCAGCAGAUCGUGGACCUGGACGUGAAGCGGAACCGGAACCGCGAGGCCCUGCGGGCGCUGCACAAGAGCCCGGAACCCGAUGGCAAGGCCAUGGUGUGCUUCGGGAGCAUGUUCAUCGAGCUGCCCGUGGCAAAGACCCGGGACAUGCUGCAGAAGGACCAGGAGCAUCUGGAUGAGGAGAUAAACAACCUCCGCAAGGAGCUGCGUGUGAAGGUGAACCGCCUCUAUGAAGCCCAAGGUAAACCUGAGCUGAAGGGAUUUAACCUGAACCCCAUGAGUGCUGAGGAAAUGAAGCUGAUCAAUCGCAUCCUGGAGGGCUGAAGUGGCCUUGCCAUUGUCACCGGGUGUACUCGGGCUGUCACCUCUGCAGCUCACACCACAACAUCCUAUGGGGGUUUGCUGGAGGAGAUCUGUGUGCUUGGAGCCUGCCUCAGGUGAGGCCCCUGUAGCCACGGUUGGGGACUGGUUGGUUUCUCACCUACGAGGCUGCAGCUUCCUUGGAUCACAAACCUUUUCCUGCUCCUUCCCACUGCCAGGCAUGGGCUGGGACACAGCUCUGGGCAGUCACCUGUGGCUGGGGUGGAAGGGGGAUUAUUAAAGCCAGAGCAGUGGGA